AUGGGGGGAUAUGACUCUGACGAUGAAUCAUCGGACGGUGAAGAAGAGAGUGAAGAAGAGAAACUCGCCUCCUUCCUGUCACGACUUGCCGUCGAUCGCCUUGCCGUGUAUCAUCUUGCCGUGGAUCGUCUUGCUGUGGAUCGUCUUGCCGAAUAUGCUUUCGAUAUUCGGAAGACCAUGCACCCAGAAGAGGAUCUUCAGCUACCUGAGAUCGGCCCCACGAUCUUUGGCAGGAAGCAUAUUUCAUUUCCCCUGACGUUCCACGACGGAGCAUCCUGGCUUCUCAAAGUUCCCUUCGGGGGAAACGCCCACACCUACGAUGAGUAUAGUGCGAGGGCUGUACGGGCAGAGGCUCGGACUAUGCAGAUGCUGCGGCGCGAGACCACCAUCCCCAUCCCGGAGGUUUACGCCUUCAGCGACACCUGUGACAACAAGCUGAACUCUCCCUUCAUCUUUCUCCAGCAUGUUAAAGGCAAGCCCGCGUACCACGUGUGGCACGACGAGAAAGCGUCAGAUGAAGCUCUGCGAGCCCAGCGGACUCGUAUACUGCAGGACGUCGCCGCCGCCUUUGUCCAGCUCGACAAGUUCUCUUUCGAUCAGGGAGGGAGCCUGGUCUUCGACGGCGAAGAUUCCGAGCCAGAUAUCGACGUCUAUUCAGCCCCCAUCAAUCCAUGUCCCUGCCAUUCACAGCCCGAUGAUGAUGAGCUAGCGGAUAUGGAUGGUUUCGGUCCGAUCUCAGACACGAAGGAAUACUUUACCAUCGUGGGCGACUGGCGUAUGGAAAGGUCUCUGUCAACGCUCCUCACAGGCGAAAUGGACUUUCUAAAAAUGCUCGUCGACCAGAUCCCGGAACCCAAUGAUGGACGGAAGCCCUUUGUGCUAGACAAUCGACACUUGGGUCUGUGGAGUAUGAUUGUCUCCGACGACGGCGCAGUGCAAGCUUUCCCGUAUUGGUCAGAACCAGUGGCCGUUCCUCGAUGCAUUGGAAACGAACGAUACCCCCGCUGGCUGAUGUGCGAUCGGGAUAUCCCGCAGUUUGGCCCCGAAGAGAACGUGAUAGGUUGGCAGCCUGGGCGUACCUGGACAGAUUCAGCAGAAGAGUUGAAAUUCUACCGAUCUGUCUAUGCCGAGUUCAUGCGGUCUCAUCGGUCCUCUCCGUCAGAAGAUCUACCAGCGCAGCCUGACCUGACUACCAACUCACUCAUCUGUCAAAGUAUAUAUGAGGCCGCAACGGAUAUGGCGUGCAAUUGCUUCAUUGGGGACGUCUUCAACGAGAUCAAGCACAAUGUUCGAGAUCAGCUCACCCCUAAAGAUGUGUACAGUGACGAUGAAGAGAGUGAAGACGAAGAGAAUGAGACCGAAAAUGAGAAUAGUGAGAAGGCUGAAGACGAGAAGGAUGAAGAUAUUGACCGUAAGAGACGAUGUCGUGGUUUACCCAUCAAGUUUGAAUUCUGGUCUGUGAUAAUGGCCCUUGAAGAGGGUUGUUUGCCUAAGCGCUACAAUGACCUGAUCCGGGCUGGCUUCGAUGCAGUGUUGCAGAAGAGUCACACUCUCUAAUUUCCACAGUCUCUCAUAUCUCCUGUGCCAUUUGUUAUUUCCUUGCGGUGUUUGCUUUUCAUUUACAUUUUCAUUUUCGGGCGUGAAGUGUGUUUAUAUAUGGAUUGU